AUGAAGUUCCCGACCGUCCUGCUCCUGGCCACAAUCAGCCUGACGGUCGACGCCUGUAUUCUCCCCGACGAGGAGGGCAGCGCAAGCGACUUUCAUAUGGGGCGCCGCCCUCAGAGGCGCGGCUCCAUUCAAAGCCCAACCACUUCGGCCGGCUCUCCGUUGCCCACUUUUGCCGAAUUCCCAAUUGGCAAGGGUGACCGGUUCAAGAAUGGAUCGCAUCCUCCCGUAGGCAUCGGGGCCGCCGACCGGCCACUGAGAUCGAUCCUCAACAUUCACGAGAUCAAGUCGGGGCUCGAGGGCCUCGCGCGUGCGUACAGCGGCGACGUCAAGUACUUUUGCGCUCCUGAGCCAACCUUUCACAACCGCCAGCUUCACGGCUUAGCCAUCGGGGACCCCAGGGUCUUCAUCCUCAGCGGCAUCCACGCCCGCGAGCGCGGCGGGCCCGAUUACGUGCUCUACUUUGUGGCGGAUCUCCUCGCCGCCCGCGCCCGGGGCACCGGUCUUCGAUACGGCAACUUGACGUACACGAGCAGCCAAGUCCGCACCGCCCUGUCCGCCGGCCUUGUCGUCCUGCCGCUCGCCAACCCCGACGGCGUCGCCUACGACCAGCGCACCAACACGUGCUGGCGCAAGAACCGCAACCCUGAGGCGCGCGUCGCGGGCGGGCGCGGCGUCGGCGUCGACCUCAACCGCAACUUUGCCUACUUGUGGGACUACAGGCGCCUCUUUAACGUCUCGGCCGGCUUCGUCACCCCGGCCUCGGAUAACCCGGAGAGCCAGCUGUUCCACGGCGCGGCGCCCAUGUCGGAGCCCGAGACGCGCAACGUCGCUUGGGUGCUGCGGCGCUACCGCCGCCGGUUGUCGUGGUUCCUCGACCUGCACUCGUUUAGCGGCUGGGUGCUCUACGGCUGGGGCGACGGCGACCACGUCCAGACUACGGACCCACAGCAGAGCUUCAUCAACGCCAACUACGAUGGCAUGCGCGGCGUCCCGAUGCCCGGCUUCGAUGACGUGGGUGCCGCGAAUACCGCCCUUGGCAAGAGCAGCAACAACAGCAGCAACAACAGCCCCUAUAGCGAGUUCAUGGAGCCCGACGAUCUGCGCGCCGAGCAGGCCGCUGCCGAGCGCAUGCGCGCCGCCAUGACGCGCGCCGGCACCACGCCCUACGAGGCCCUGCCGCUGUCGUGGGCGGCGGCCUCGAGCGGCUCCAGCCUCGACCAGGCGCGCGGGCCCUACUACGCGCACGAGUGCGGCGCCGCUCGCGUCCACAGCCUCGCUAUCGAAUUUGGCGGGCCCUCGGACAGCCCUGUGUGUCUCUUUUACCCGAACGCCGCCGCCUACCACGACUCGAUGCGCCAGGUGGCCGUCGGCCUCAUGGAGUUACUCCUUACGGCGGCGGCGGCGGCCGAGGACAACAACGAGCCAAAAACACGUAGAUGCUAG